CCAGAACGGACAACAAGUAGCUCCCAACAAAUAUAAACAACAACCAUGGAUUUCUAUUAUCUACCCCUUUCGGCUCCCUGUCGUUCAGUGAUAAUGACAGCCAAGGCUCUUGGCAUUGAGUUGAACAAAAAAUUACUUAAUCUCUUCGAGGGUGAGCACAUGAAACCAGAAUUCCUAAAAAUCAAUCCUCAACACACCAUUCCUACUCUGGUGGACAAUGGCUUCGCCAUGUGGGAAUCUCGUGCCAUUAUGGUGUACUUGGUAGAGAAAUACGGCAAACAGAAUGACCCUCUGUAUCCCAGUUGCCCCAAGAAGCGUGCUCUCAUCAAUCAACGUCUCUAUUUCGAUAUGGGAACGUUGUGGAAAAGUUAUGCCGAUUAUACUUAUCCCCAGUUCAGAGAGAACAAACCAGCCGAUCCAGAAUUAUUUAAGAAAUUCGAGUCAGCUUUGGAGUUCUUGAACAUAUUCCUGUCACAAUCGAAAUAUGCUGCUGGUGAAACCAUGACCUUGGCCGAUUUGGCCAUCUUGGCUUCGGUUAGUACCUUUGAUGUUGUCCAAAUGGAUCUCAGCAAAUAUGAACACAUUUUACGGUGGUACAAUAUGCUCAAGGAUACGGCACCGGGUGCUGCUGAAAACUGGGCCGGUUGUUUGGAAAUGAAGAAAUAUUUUAAGAAGUGAAUAAUUUGAAUGAAUAGAUGGAACAUACGAGUGUAUAUAAAUAUUAAUAAAUAGAAAACGAAUAAAACUUUUUCUGAGUUGAA